UACAAAAUCUUCGCUUCACUCUCCACUCAACAAUAUCUUUUGGCGGGAAAAACAGAGAGAGAGAGAGAGAGAGAGAGAGAGAGAGAGAGAGAGGGGGAGGAAGAGAUGGGCGUUGAUGAGGUUGAAGAAGAAUUUACGGUGUGGAAGAAGAACACGCCAUUGUUGUACGAUCUCGUCAUCUCUCACGCCCUCGAAUGGCCGUCCCUCACCGUUCAGUGCCUCCCCACCCCAACAUCGCCCUACGCCGACCCUUCUUUCUCCGUUCACAAGCUCGUCCUCGGCACCCACACCUCCGAUGGCUUUCCUAACUUCCUCAUGGUCGCCGACGCUCUCCUUCCCUCAGGUUCACCGGUGAACCCCGUCGCGGGUCUCUCGGAAAACCCCACCAUUCCUAAGGUAGAGAUAAGGCAAAAAAUUCAUGUUGAUGGGGAAGUGAAUCGAGCUCGGUGUAUGAUGCAAAACCCAUCUCUCGUAGCUGCCAAGACUAGCUGCUGUGAUGUGUAUGUUUUUGAUUGCACCAAACACCCAGUAAAGCCCAAAGAGGGUGGUUCAUGUGAUCCUGACUUGAGACUAAGGGGUCAUAGUAAAGAAGGUUAUGGAUUGUCAUGGAGCCCCUUUAAAGAGGGGUACCUACUGAGUGGCUCAAAUGACCAAAAAAUAUGUUUGUGGGAUGUGUCCGCCAUGCCCCAAGAUAAAGUACUCUACACAAUGCGUGUUUAUGAGGCUCAUGAAGAUGUGGUGGAACAUGUGUCGUGGCAUUGGAAGAAUGAAAAUUUAUUUGGGUCAGUGGGGGAUGACUGUCGAUUAAUGAUCUGGGACUUGCGCUUGGACAAGCCCCAACAAUCUGUCACAGCUCAUGAGAAUGAGGUUAAUUAUCUAUCUUUCAAUUCGCAUAAUGAGUGGGUUCUUGCUACGGCAUCUUCAGACACUACUGUUGGUCUGUUUGAUAUAAGGAAGCUGACUGAGCCACUGCAUGUUCUUAGUAGUCACACGGAGGAGGUUUUCCAAGUAGAAUGGGAUCCUAAUCAUGAAACUGUCUUGGCAUCUUCUGCUGAUGAUAGAAGGUUGAUGGUUUGGGAUCUUAACAGGAUUGGAGAUGAGCAACUAGAAGGAGAAGUUGAGGAUGGGCCACCUGAGCUGUUAUUCUCUCAUGGGGGUCACAAAGCCAAGAUAUCAGACUUCUCAUGGAACAAGAAUGAGCCAUGGGUCAUUUCAAGUGUAGCUGAGGACAACACUCUUCAGGUCUGGCAGAUGGCUGAGAGCAUUUACCGUGAUGACUAUGAAAAUACAUGCAGCUAACAACUAUUUGUAGAUCUUGUUCGAGGGAAACUUCCGGCAGCAACAUAAUUACGUAGUUUUUGAUUGGAAGCCAUUUCUUCUUGCAGAAUGUUUAUCAACUUCCAGCUUGUUUUGGCCUGUUGUCUUUUAACACUGAUUGAAAAAUUUAUCUGAGAGUUACUUGCUCAUUUUGGUCA